AUAUUUUUUAAAUAACAAAUAAAGCUUGGUAUUUAAAUAUUUUGGUUGAAAAAAAAUUGACAACCAAAACAAACUUGUAAACACAAAUAUAAAAUUAAUUUAUCAAAAAAUGGAACUUAAACAUUUGAACUCGUUUUUAACAGAUCCGGUCAAUGAGAAUGAUUUUACACAGUUUUUCCACGGAUGCAUCAACGAAAUUUGUGGGUACCCUGGACCGAGUUACCAGCAAUUUGUAAACAUAGGUUGGAGUUGCGAUGAAUAUAAAUUUUUUUAUAAUUAUACGAUAAAGUUAUUCAGAAAUCCUGCCGUACUUUAUUGUGACAUGACUAAGAUGCCCCCAGAGUUUGGUGAUUUGCCGGAAAACAUAAAGAGAAAAAUAAUAAUAUGCCUGACCGUGAGACUUGAGAAGCUGACCAACGCUUUGGUGUCAGAAGCAUUACAGAGAGAAAGAUCCACUAUGGUUGACUUUGAUUGGAGGAUAAAAAUGAUAAUGGGAUCUAGUCACGUAGCUUCUUUGAAGCAGCCAAUUGUCCAGCUUGAUCUGUUUGUCAAGGAUAAAGGUGCGAAAGAGAUUGUCAACGUGGAGAUGGACCGGGACCAGUUGGAUUCUUUUAUUAAGACUCUAGAAGCUGAUGUUUGAUUGAUAAAUCAUUUCGAUAAAAAACGAGUAGUUGGAAACUUUUUUAGUUUACAGAAAAAUGGGUCUGAAACGAAUAUAUUUAUGAUAAAAUUAUA